GCUGAGUCGACGACCGGAUACAGCCGGUAACCCCCAAACCGGCGACGCCACGAUGUAAACCGCUUCCAUCUACUCUCAGCCAUUUUCCGCCCUCCGAAAUCCGCUCGUCCAUCUCCUUCCGAUUCUCCUACCCAUUUCUACUUCGAUUUUAUGCGAUUUUGCCUUUUCUCGACAUCUCUAUCGCUCGGAGGAUGGAUUUCUCUUCAUAACGAACUCAAGAUCGAGCUCGAAUCUCAGACGCGGCUUUGUUUCGAAGAUCGGCGUCUUGUUUUCACGAGAUUUUUGAGAAACGGAACUGAAUCGGACUCAAGAACGCUCUCAAUCGGCCUCGAAACGUGAUUUCAUAUCAAAUAAGCUGCGAUUCGAGUAGUCCGGCGUCCAAAUCCAAGUUAUCUGAAGAGUUCCGGAUCUCCUGUGAUUUGAAACUGAAGUUCUGUUCGAAACGAGCUCGACACCGAGAGAUUUCUCCUCUGGAUUCGGAACCUUCAUAUUCUACUCGGGAGAUGAUGAUCUGAGAGGAAUUUCCAUGUAAAUAUCAAUUGCAGUCACACGAUUUUGAUACGGAGUUUUUCUCAUUCCCUUUCGCCUGCAGUAGUUAGGGUUGGAGGUGGAUUUCUCCAUAAAUUGACCUGAUUGAAGUUUUCUUAACGCAGCAAUUCGAUCUUAGAGUCAGAUCCCGUCUGAAAUAUCUUCAGAGUCCUUCCAAUUUCACUAGAUUUGGGCUUUUGUUCGGGAAGGAGUGUUUUCUUGGAUGGAUUUUUCUUGGGAAUAGAAGCUUGAUCCGACAAUGCAGGGUUUUAGAGAGAAAUGCAGAGUAGUUGCUCUGGUUAUCUUUUCGGUGUGGCUAGGUCUUGCUGCUCUAUACGGUCUACUAAAACCCGUUCCAAAUGGUUGUAUCAUGACCUACAUGUACCCGACAUAUAUACCGAUUUCUACGCCCCCAAACAUUUCCUCUGAGAAGUAUGGCUUGUUCUUGUACCAUGAAGGUUGGAAAAAGAUAGAUUUCAAGGAGCAUCUUAAGAAGCUAAGUGGUGUUCCGGUUCUCUUCAUUCCAGGCAAUGGUGGUAGCUACAAACAGGUGCGCUCCUUGGCAGCAGAAUCUGAUAGGGCUUAUCAAGGUGGUCCACUUGAGCUUACAUAUUAUCAGGAGGCAACCCUCACACCUGAAGAAAGAGGAAGGGAUAUGGCAUUGGAGGACUCUAAUGGCCUUGCACCCCCUAACCAGUACACUUGCAUGCUGGACUGGUUUGCUGUAGAUCUUGAAGAGGAACAUUCUGCUAUGGAUGGCAGGAUACUUGAAGAACAUGCUGAAUAUGUUGUAUAUGCCAUCCACAGGAUUUUGGAUCAAUAUAAAGAGUCACGUGAUGCUCGAUCCAAGGAAGGUGCUGAAGUGUCUGGAAACUUCCCCCGAAGUGUAAUUUUGGUCGGCCAUUCUAUGGGUGGUUUUGUUGCCAGAGCUGCAGUUGUCCACCCACAUUUAAGGAAGUCAGCGGUUGAGACUGUUCUCACUCUUUCAAGCCCACACCAGUCACCUCCUGUGGCAUUGCAGCCAUCUUUGGGUCAUUUCUUUUCACGAGUCAAUAGAGAAUGGAAAAAGGGAUAUGAGGUCCAGAGAACUCAUACAGGCCGCCGGGUGUCAGGUCCCACACUCUCUCAUGUUGUUGUCGUCUCUGUCUCUGGUGGUAUUCGCGAUUACCAGGUUCGGUCAAAGUUGGCUUCACUGGAUGGGAUUGUGCCUUCCAGUCAUGGUUUUAUGAUUGGUAGCACAGGUAUGAGGAAUGUUUGGCUUUCAAUGGAGCACCAAUCUAUUUUGUGGUGUAAUCAAUUGGUUGUACAGAUCUCACACACACUUCUGAGUAUGAUAGAUUCAGAGACUGGUCAACCAUAUCUAAGCACACAGAAGAGACUUGCUGUCUUUUCCAAAAUGCUUCGUAGUGGGAUACCACAGAAUUUUUAUUGGAUGAGGCAGGUGCAGUUGCCCCAGGUGACGGGGCAUGUUUCCAACAAGAAUGAAAAGAAUGUUCCUGGAUCUGAAUUGCAGAGCUUUUCUCGUUGCCCAAGAUCUGUUCACUGGGCAGAGGAUGGCCUUGAGAAGGAUUUAUUCAUUCAGGGGACUACUGUGACAGUUUUAGCAAUGGAUGGGAGGAGGAGGUGGUUGGAUAUAGGGAAAAUGGGAUCUAAUGGCAAAGACCACUUCAUAUUCGCUACAAACCUUGCUCCAUGUUCUGGGGUUAGAGUGCAUCUUUGGCCUGAAAAGCAUGAAAUUUCAUCAGAUGGGGAAGUGCCUCCCAGCAGAAGAGUUAUUGAGGUGACCAUGAAGAUGGUCCACAUCCCAGCAGGGCCUGCACCAAGGCAGAUCGAACCAGGCAGUCAAACUGAACAAGCACCUCCAUCUGCUGUUCUUCGGCUGGAUCCUAAAGAUAUGCAGGGUUUCCGAUUCUUGACUAUUUCAGUUGCUCCUCGUCCGAGCGUCUCAGGCAGGCCUCCCCCUGCAGCUUCCAUGGCAGUCGGACAGUUCUAUAAUCCAGAGGAAGGCAAGAGAGAGUUCUCUCUUAGUUCACUGCUUCUUUCUAGCUACGCUCAAGAGGAAAUCUUUUUGAAGGAGGAUCACCCUUUGGCUUUGAAUGCUACAUUCUCUAUGAGUUUAGGCCUCUUGCCUGUUACUUUGUCAGUGAGGACAGCAGGCUGUGGAAUAAAAAAUUCGGGGCUUCCCAUUGAACAAGCUGGAGAUGUGGAACAUAGCAGCCUUUGCAAAUUGCGUUGCUUCCCACCUGUAGCACUAGCUUGGGAUUCAACAUCGGGUCUACACAUCAUUCCAAAUUUGUAUUCUGAGACAAUUGUUGUGGAUUCAUUCCCGGCAUUUUGGGGUUCAACUCGAGGGUCUGAGAAGACCACUGUUUUGUUAAUGGUAGAUCCACACUGUUCAUACAAGAUCAGUGCUUCUGUCUCUCUCACUGCUGCUGCAGGCAGAUUUUUGCUUUUAUAUUGUUCACAGAUAAUUGGUUUCUUAAUAGCUGUGAUAUUUUUCGCAUUGAUGCGGCAAGCACGUGCAUGGGAACUUAAUCAGCCUCUGCCAUCCUUGCUAGCAGCUGUGGAAGCCAAUUUGAGAAUGCCUCUAUCCUUUCUGCUCCUAGCUGUAGUACCCCUUCUUGUUUCUUUGGUCAUUUCCUUGCUGACAACCCAGCCAUUUCCUCCAUUUGCUAGCUUCAUCAUUGUCUCCAUAAUUUGCUAUUCUUUCGCAAAUGGGUCGGUGAUUAUUUUGAUCCUGUGCUCCCAAUUUGUCUUCUAUGUGGCUGCUACGGUACAAGUUUUUAUCAAAUUACGGUGGCAAGCAUGGGAAGAAAGAUUCCGAUUUCUACGUCAGUUCCUUAAUCUUUUCUCUGUCUUCACGUCAUUUAAGGUGGUGCAUAUUCUUAGAGGCAAUCCAAUACUACUCAUAGCUCUAGUCAUGGUUUCUUUGGUCUGUUUUGUUCAUCCAGCUCUUGGUCUGAUCGUACUGGUCCUAUUUCAUGCUUUAUCAUGCCAUUCUGCUCUCUGCAGUUUUUUGGCGGCUUCAUUUCGCAGCCAUGUACAAAGGAAGGAGUCGUACGAAUACCAAGCCAGGGACGACCUAUCCCGGCAAUCGAGGCACAAAUCAGGUGAAGCGUUCGACCAGCGCCUGCCUCUAGGCAAGAACAAUUCCAAUGACAAUGAUGCAGACUCGACAAGGAGCUUUGGUGAAACCCAAUUAGAAAUAUUCAACUACCGGCACGGCAUAUUGAUAUUGCAUCUCCUUGCGUCCCUCAUGUUUGUUCCGUCACUUGUGGCGUGGUUACAGAGAAUCGGGAUGGGCCAGAGUUUCCCCUGGUUUGCAGACUCGGCACUCUCCAUGGGCGUCAUCCUACACGGCCUCUGCACUCAGAAGCCCGGUAUCGACGCCUUCUCAUUCUCCUUCCCAGGCAUCCGUGGCGGGGAAGCUGGCUUGAGCUUAAUCUACCUCCUCGCUGGAUAUUACUGUUAUCUCUCUGCCCUUGCGCUGGCUCCCUACUGUUCAUUUUACGCAAUGGCCGCUGUCGGUGCCAUCUCCUUCAUUUCCAGAGUCAUUGAGAGACAGAACCGAGAAAAGGGAGAUCCUUAUUUUAGCUACAGUGGACGGAAACAUUCUCACAAGCACUAGAAAAACAGAGAUGGUGAAACGGAAGCUUCUCCUACAGAUGAGGUUGGAUGUUCUUUUCUUGUAGAUUUCCAUCAUGUUAUAGCUGAUAGUGCUGAUUUUCUUGCAGCUCAGGGUCUGUAUUGAGAUAAUGUGAUUUGAAUCCCCUUUGUUUUUUACGGACUCAAGAAAGAGGGAGGGAGAAAAAAACAGAAAAGGUUGAGAAAAGACUCUUUCAUGGCA